AAACAGUCCAGCUCCCAUGAUACCCAGCUCACAACGUGGGGAAAGAGUCCCGUUUGGUUUUAUCAGCUGCCUUGUAGCGUUACGCACGGAACGGACAAACGGUGCGCUCUCUCUCCUCUGCAGCCGCGUAAAGACUCCACUUUAUGGAUUGUUGAUAUUUUUUAACGCAGGGACGCAUUUGUUUGUUUCAUACAUUUGGUAAUAUUUUAAUUUUAGCGGAAUAUUUGAGUCUGUUGGAGUCUUUUUUUUUUUUUUUUAAUCGUCCGGGAAGAGCUGCACCUACACCAGCUCCACUCAACCUCAAACAUUUGGCCAGGAUGUCCCAGCUGUAAUAUUAUAACACUAGAAUGGCCUAUAAGCGUUGGCUUCAGAGUCUGGAUCAACCUGCUGGGACUUUAUUCUAACAAACAUCGCUCCAGAGUCGCGCGUCCGCUUUUUACGCAUUUUUUUUUUUUUUUUUUUUUUUUUUUACGCACAACGAUGAGCUCAGAAAAGCCCAACUUUCUCUCUCAACCCGUGGUGAAGAACAUUUUUAUGUUCCGAAACGGUGAUCCUUAUUAUGAGGCUCGACGGAUAGUGAUCAAUCAAAAGAGGGUGUGCAACUUUGAGACUUUACUGAGAGAAGUCACCGGUGGGAUCCAACCCCCGUUUGGAGCGGUGAGGAACAUCUACACACCCAGAGGAGGACACAAAGUGGACUGUUUAGACAACCUGCAGAGUGGGGAGCAGUAUGUGGCAGCUGGAAGAGAGAGGUUCAAGAAACUGGAUUACCUCCAGAUCGGCUCCAGAAAGAAGAGGCUCAUGCAAACUCUUCCAAUGCAGGUUAAACCACUUCCACAAAACAGAAUCAUUGUAUCAGCACGAUUCCUGAAACCCAUCAAGGAACCAUGUCCAAUAUUUGUGGUCGCUAAUGGUGAUGUCUUGAACCCUGCAAUGAGGCUGCUGAUCCACCAGAGGAUGCUGGGACAGUUUGAAAGGAUUCUGGAGAUGAUAACAGAGAAGAUGGGGUUGAGAGUCCUGGGGGGUGUGCGGAGUCUCUUCACCUACGAGGGGCAGCACAUAACUGAUGGGAACCUGCUGGAAAGCGGUCAGCUCUAUGUGGCAGUGGGAAGAGAAAAGUUUAAGAAGCUGCCUUACAGUGACCUACUUUUCACCAAACCCAGAGGGAUGAGAAGGGUUAAUGGGAUGAAAGCAUAUUCUCUGCCGCCUAUCUACAGAUUGUCGAAGCAAAAUGGAAAUGGGAAGUCCAUGGUUCAGUCCACUGAUAGUACAGACAGAGACUCCAAAGCCUCCCCUCCGGCCCACAAUGGCAACAGCAAGGAACACCUAUCCUCCAUCGUCCGGGAGAUCUCCCAGGCCAGGCUUAUUUCCCUCAGGAAGAGGAGGAGCGGACAAAGCAUGUCACUGGGCGUCAAUGAUAAUGAUGACGUAGACUCGAAGACCAGUGAUGGAAACAGUGAAGAUAAAAACCAGCCUGCAGAAGAGAAAUGCACAGCUGAUGCCACAGAAGCCAAAGAUGAACCUGGUGAAAAGGCAGAAGAGAAGGAGGAGGAUACAUCUGAAAAAAACACUGAAGAAAAAGCUUCCACAAGUAAUGAAGAGAAGAAGGACGACGAGGGGACAAAUAAUGAAACAGAGGGAGCACAAGAGCAGAAGGAAAACGAGGAGCCAAGUCAUGAAAAAGAGGGAGAACUAACAGCACAAUCUGAGUCGGUAAAUGGAGGAGAAAAGGAGGAAGUAAAAGAGGAAGUAAAAGAGGAGAGUACAAAAGAGGGUAAAAGCAAAGAGCAAGAGUCUAGUAGUAGGAGCGCUGAUAAGACUCAGGACAGUAAUGAGAAAGAGGCUGAAUCUGCUAAGGGUGAAAAGGAUGAUCAAGACAAAAAUGGAGACGAGGUAGAAGAUAAAGACAGUGGGAAGGGAGAGAAAAGCAGCCCAGACCUGGCUAAUGAUGUAGACACAGGGGAGGAACAGAAAGAGAAAGAAAACAGCAAUGACCCAGACAAGCCUCAGUCAGAUAAUGAUACAAAAGACAACAAUGAUGGCAGAAGUAGCCGUAGCAACGUUAACCAGGAAGGAGAUGGGACCGAGACAAAAGAAGGAACCGCUAAGAAGUCAGAGGAAAAAGAGGUGAACGGAGAGGUGAACGGAGAGGUCAGCGGAGAAGACGAUGAGGUAAAAAGUGAAGCAGAGCUGGAUAGAGACGAGAAAGAUUCGAGUGUAGAAAAAAGAAAGAAAGACAGGGAUGAAAACGGAGAAAAUCGGGGGAAAAAAAACCCUGAAGGGAAAGUUUAAGACAGGAAAAGUAUGAUGGAAGUUAUUAGACGAGCUGCGCUGAAGAGGGGAAAGCAAUACUUUACGAUUUAAAAAUACUUAGAAAGUUCAUAGUAAACCAAGUAACUGUAAUCUGAAAUAUUUUACUAGAUGACCUUGUAGAUUCUGUACGAAAGAGAAUGGUUCUACAUUACAGUGC